AUGCCUCAGAGCCCUGCCAUUGUCACGGCCACUGCGGCUAUUGCCAGAGAGCGUGCUGGUCGCAUUGGCCCGGGUCGCCAUCCGCGCCAUCCUCGCCCUGCCCUCCCUGAUGACGCUCCUGACGUCCAUCCUGCUCGCCCCCGCGAAAACAAAAUUGAUGUUGAGGUUGAUACCCGCCUUCCUUCCGCCGCCAUCUUUACUUUCCACAAGGAAGACCACACGCUUGGCAACAUGCUGCGCCAGCGUCUCCUGAAGACUGCCCAUGUGAUCUUUGCUGCUUACCGCGUUCCUCACCCGCUGACCCCCGAGUUCCAGCUGCGUGUCCAGACUGACGGUGAGAUCACCCCUCGUCAGGCCGUCAUCAACGCCUCCCAGGCUCUGAUCAAGGACCUGGGUAUCUUAUCUCGAGAAUUUACCAAGGAGUACGAGCUUCGCAAGGCUGCCAACGCCGCCAAUCAGCAACAGCAGCAGAACACCGUUGAGUAA